AUGAGUACAUCGGGUACGGGCAUGGUGAGCGGGAGUGAGCUGAUUGGCAGGGCUUUGGCGCUUGAGGGCGUGAAGAAUGUGUUCACGAUUGCCGGCGACCAUGUGCUUCCUACGCUGGACAGCAUGGCGGAUAUGGGCUUUCGGUUCGUGGAUACGCGGCACGAGCAGGCGGCAGCGCACAUGGCGGACGCCUGGGGGCGCAUCACGGGCGAGCCGGGCGUGUCUAUGUACACGACGCCGGGAUUUUCCAAUGCGAUACCGGGUCUGGCGAACGCGAUGCACUCAGAAAGCCCACUGCUGUCUAUCAGCGGCUCGGCGGAACUCAGCGAACUUGGGCGCGGCGCGAUGCAGGAGAUCGACCAGGUUGGGAUGGCGCGUCCCGUUACCAAGGGCGCGUGGAUGGUGACGGACACGCGGCGCAUUCCGGACAUGAUCGCGCAUGCGCUGCGGGUGGCGUACAGCGGGCGACGAGGACCUGUGCAUCUGACGAUUCCGGUGGACAUCCAGCAGAAUGUGGUGAGCGAGGAUGAAGUGGCGUUCUAUGCGCCAAGCGAAUAUCGCGGCAUCGGGGCGGCGCAGGCUUCGCAAACUGACAUUGAGCAGGCGAUUGCGAUUCUGCGCGGGGCGGAGCGGCCACUCAUCGUGGCGGGGAGCGCGGCGGCAUACGCGCGUUCCGGCGAGGCACUGCAGGAGUUCAUCGAGACGACUCGGCUGCCGCUGCUGACGGAGGGGACGCUCGAGGUCUGGUGUCUGAUGAUCAUCGGUACUGCUUAG